AUGUGCAGUUCCUACAGCAACAGAGGUCCUCCUGAUGUGGGCAAGAUGCUGGGUGGGGAGGAGAAGGAGGAGGACCCCGACGCAGCCCAGAAAGAGGAGGAGCGACAGGAGGCGCUGAGGCAGCAGGAGGACGAGAGGAAGGGCAAAUAUGCCAAGAUGGAGGCUGAGAGGGAAAGCAUGAGGCAAGGCAUCAGAGAUAAGUACGGCUUGAAAAAGCGCGAGGAGGCCGAGGCCGAGGCAGCAGCCGCCGCAGAGGAGUCUGCAGAGGGCAGCUUGACUCGACCCAAGAAGGCCGUGCCGGCCGGCUGCGGCGACGAGGAGGAGGAGGAGAGCAUCAUGGACACAGUGAUGAAAUACCUGCCGGGCCCGCUGCAAGACAUGCUGAAGAAGUAG